AUGGGGCAGGGGCUUGGCACGGGGUCCCUGGCCUCUGCACCCUGAUAGCUCCAAGCCAGAGGGUGCAGGACCAGCUACUAGCGUUGGAGGGAGGAGGGGCCGAGCCGCCUGAGCCAGGACAGUGGGAGGGUGGGAGAGGACCAGGACCCAGAGCCCUCCCAGCUCCCCAGGUAGGGGCCACUGGCUGCACUCAGGCCUUGACCUCAGCUGACUCUGAGAGCCCACAUGGGAUGCAGGGUCUAAUUUAAGCCCCAGCUGCAGGGCCCACAGCCCAGGGGUGCCUGCCAGUGGGCACAGGUGUGGCCAGGCUGCUCAGGGGCUGCUCAGGCAGCAGGAGGAUUGGGGAGACCAGCCCUGCGUCCACCCAGCCCUGCACCCUGGCCAAGCCGCCUCCUGUGGGAACCCUCAUGGGUCCCCCAUGGCCUGGCAGAUGGCCCUCCUCUCCGUUGAGGCCAAGGUCAGGGGGUGCAGCCAGGAGGGCAGAAGGACACUGCCUUGCAGUCUGGACAGGGGUUGCAUCAGCCUGAGCAGCGCCAGGGGAAGGGGGCCCUGCUGGGAGGGCAAAGGCUGGCUUGGUUGUCCAAAGGCCAAGGAAGCAGAGUCCUGACCGCAGGAAGGCAGGGCCAGAGAGCUGGGUCCUACCUGGCCUCCUGGUGCCUGGCCUGUGACUUGCUGUUUGAUCUUACACAGGCAGCCUGCCCUCGAUGGGCCUCAGUCUUCCCAUCUGUAUGAUGAGGGUGCUGACCUAGAAGGUUGAUCCCAGUCCCAGAGGCCUACACUCAGGCCCCUGCUCCUCCUGCUUCCUGCAGCCCUGGCUGUGGGUGGCCACAUGCAGUCGUGGAGACGGAAGUCCCUCUGGCUGGCACUGUUGGCCUCCUGGCUCCUCGUCCUGCUGGAAGUCUUCCCCCUUCUCCACCUGGCAGUGCCCACCAGACCCCGGGCAGGAGCCCCCCAAGGCUGGCCCCGCUGGCUGGACGCAGAGCUCCUGCAGAGUUUCGCCAGGCCUGGGGAGCUCCUGGAAGAUGGCCCUCAACCUCCUCAAGCCCUCCGUGGUGGCAGCUGCAACUGGGGAGCUUGCUUUGACACCUCGAAGUGCAGAGGUGGUGGCCUCAAGGUAUUCGUGUACCCAGCGGCUGGACCCGUCUCCGAGACUCACCGCAGGAUCCUGGCUUCCAUCGAGGGCUCCCGCUACCACACACUCAGCGCUGCUGAGGCCUGCCUCCUCCUCCUCCUCAGCCCGGACACCCCCACUGGAGAGUGCGACCCGGUGCCCCCGCAGUGGGAUGGGGGCAGGAACCAUUUGGUCCUCAGUCUCCACCCAGCCCCUUGCCCCCGGACCUUCCAGCGGGGACAGGCGAUGGUGGCCGAGGCCAGUCCCACAGUGGACACCUUCAGGCCCGGCUUUGACGUGGCCCUCCCGCUUCUCCCUGAAGCCCACCCGUUGCGAGGUGGGGCACCGGGCCAGCUGCGGCAACACAGUCCCCGCCCCGGGGUGGCCCUGCUAGCCCUGGCAGAGGACAGGGGCAGGUGGCACAUGGCAGGCACCGACUUCUCUGCCUGCCCCUGGGAUGGGCGCUGUGAGCAGGACCGUGGACCCAAGCAGACCCACCCUGGGGCAACGCUACCCAAUGCCACCUUCUGCCUCAUCCCUGGCCGCAGUCCUGAUGCCUUGCACUUCCUUCAAGCCCUGCAGGCUGGCUGCAUCCCUGUGCUUCUCAGCCCUCGCUGGGAGCUGCCCUUCUCUGAGGUCAUCGAUUGGACCAAGGCGGCCAUUGUAGCUGACGAGAGGCUCCCACUUCAGGUCCUGACUGCCCUCCAGGAGAUGCCCCUCACACGGGUCCUUGCCCUGCGUCAGCAGACCCAGUUUCUAUGGGAUGCCUACUUCUCCUCAGUGGAGAAGGUCAUCCAUACCACUCUGGAGAUUAUUCAGGACCGGAUCUUUGGCGCCUCUGCUCACCCCUCGCUACUGUGGAACAGCCCCCCAGGGGCAAUCCUGGCCCUGCCCACUUUCUCCCCAAGCCCCUCGGACUUCCCCUUCUACCACCUACAACAGGGCUCUCGUCCUCUGGGCAGGUUCAGCGCCCUGAUUUGGGUGGGGGCUCCAGGCCAGCCCCCCCUGAAGCUCAUCCAGGCCGUGGCAGGCUCCCAGCACUGUGCCCAGAUCUUGGUUCUCUGGAGCAGUGAGAAGCCAUCCCCAACCAGGUGGCCCAAGACAGCAGUGCCUUUGACAGUCAUUGAUGGGCACAGGAAGGUCAGUGACCGCUUCUUCCCGUACAGUGCCCUCAGCACCGAUGCCAUCCUCAGCCUGGAUGCCCAUAGCAGUCUUUCCACAAGUGAGGUGGACUUCGCUUUUGUGGUGUGGCAGAGCUUCCCGGAGCGGAUGGUCGGCUUUCUGACGUGGAGCCACUUCUGGGAUGAAGCCCGGGGUGGCUGGGGCUACACUGCCAAGAGGACCAACGAAUUCUCCAUGGUCCUCACCUCGGCUGCCUUCUACCAUAGGUAUUACCACACCCUCUUCACCCACUCCCUGCCCAAGGCUCUGAGGACCCUGGCAGAUGAGGCACCCACCUGUGUGGAUGUCCUGAUGAACUUCCUAGUAGCAUCCGUCACCAAGUUGCCCCCUAUCAAGGUGCCCUAUGGGAUGUGGCAUCAGGAGGCCAGACCUCCUCCACUGGAGCCUGGGGGUCCGGGGCUCAGGCAGGAGCCGCAGCCCGCAGCCCAGAACUGCAUCAACCAGAUGGCGGCAGGGUUCGGCCACAUGCCCCUGGUAUCUUCUCGCCUCCGUCUGGACCCAGUGCUCUUCAAGGACCCGGUGUCCGUGCUGCGUAAGAAAUAUCGCAGCCUGGAGAAGCCCUAGGAGGGACUCGCUGAGACCCCAGCGGUCGCUGCAACUGCCUCGGGGGAGGGGAGAGGCUCCGCCUCCUCCCUUGCGGUAUCUGGAGACCCAAUCAAGGCUGCCAUUUAGCCAGCACGGCAGUACCCGAUUGGCCAACCACCGCCUCGCCCCCCACCCCCCAGCCUAGCCGCUAGUGGCAGUUCCCACGUUCACGUCGCUGGCUCUGGGGCCCUUCCUCUGCCUUCGCAGACCCCUUGCCUGGAAUGCCUUUCUCGGCUUCUCUGCCGAGCUGACAUCUACUUCUCUUUCAGAUCCUCGCCUCCUCCACGAACCUGCCUGACCCCCACCCCCGCCCCGGAUCCUCUGCGCUUUCACAGCCGGGUGUGUCCCUUAGUCCCGACGCUAUUCAUGCUGCCUCGCAUGGUACACCGUCAGGCCCCAGGACUGACCCGGGAGUCUCGUGAGGGCAGGGCCGUGUCCUCGUCUCUCUGGCCUGGCAGGUACGCCACAAAUAUUUGACGAACAGAUAGAUGGAAGAGACAUAACUACAUGCCUGGCUCUGUGGCGACAGUGGCGGGGGUGUGGACAGGGUGUGCGGAGUGAGACACAAAACUGCACCUCCCACCCCAACCCCUGGGUUUUUAGUCCGGCCGGAAAGCAGCUUCUCGCAGAAUCCUGGGUUCUUCUCGCAGAAUCCUGGGCGCAAUCCUCGCGCCCCAAGAAUAGAGCAGAGAAGUCCCGGGGAGCCAGUUUCGGGGCUCCCUUCCCGACCCGGCGGAGCACAGUUGGGGGUGGUAUGGGAACGCCGGUGGCCCUGCCGGGCCCGAGCCCCUCGUCUCAGGCACUGCCGUCGUCCUGCAUUACCAGCCUGGACCACUAGUGGUCAGCACCGCGCCGCGCUCCCUCCCCGCGGAAAGGGAAGGAAGUUCGAAACGCCCAUCGGGUAGGAUUAGGGGGAGCGGGGACGUCGAGAUUGGUGGUGCGCAGCUUGAAGUCGGAAAACUGGUUGGCCCACACACUUAGGACUAAGAAGGGGCCAUUUCUAGGUGGGCUGUGUGGGAGCAAGGGCGGUCCCGAGCGCCCUGGUGGUGAGAGUGGAGAGGGGGAGGGGACGCUGGGUUCUCCUAGGUUCACCCACCUGGAACUGGUAUGAUCACUUCCGAAAUAAAGCGCGUGUCUUUGUCCCUUUGCUCAGGCUAUAAAUACCUCUACAGCAGCUGCGCGGGGGGAGGGGGACUCAGGUCUCGCCUGGGAGCUGGGGCCACUCUAGAGGAAUGGGGAUGGUGGGUCCAAACCAGGUCCAGGGUAUCCGGUGUUUUUCUGCUUCGAUGGCCUCGCAGCUUUGGAAACUCCCGUGACUAGUGACUAGCUCGCUGGCCAGAACAUGGUGUCCCCAAGGCCUCCGACGUCCAUCCUCCAGUUUGACCUCUGGCCCCUGGAUGACUCAGGUCAUCCCCAGAGCCAGUCACAGCGUGGGAUGCAGAGAAAGCUCUCUUUGGGGAGGCAUGGGGCUACUGUAUUCUUGAGAUGGAGGGGGGACUGGGACUUUAAGGGGAGGGGAGACAGUCUGGCCCUGAGUCAAGGACAGUUGUUGAGGAAGCACACAGCUGCAACCCAGGCAGCCUUCCCAGGGUGGGGAGGACUCCAAGUGCCAGGCCCAGCUGGGGGAAAGAGACACCUUUUCCCUCCCCACUCACAGUUGCAGCACCCAGAACACUGAACUACCUUGGCAUGGCCUUGCCUGUGGGCUGCCAGGCCCAGUGGCUCAUACUGUACCAAUAUGCAGCCCAGAGCAGGUCACCAGCCCCUGCUGUAGGGGGAGGCCUCGGGCUGUGUGACUUUGGGCAAGUGACUCAAACUUUCUGAGCCUCAGUUUUCUCAUCUGUAAAAAUGGAGGACAGCAAUGACUGUCUCUUGAGAGGUGUGUAAGGACUUGGAAUAUAGCAAAGCCCAGGAUCCAGGUUCCUGCAGCCUGCCAUGGCUGGGGGAAGGGAGGAAUUUGAUUCCCAAGAUUGGGGUGGAGUGGAGCUCCACCAGUGAUCACACACACACACACACACACACACAUACACACACUUCCAAGCCAGCACAACUUCCCACAGAUUUGAAGGGGCCGAAGAACCCUCAAACCUAGAUCACAGCCAACCCCGGAUGACAGUGCUGGAAAGGCACAAACAGGUCAUUUCACAGAUGGGAAGAGAGAGGCUCAGAGGGGAAGGCGAGUGACCAACCCCUCCUCCUCCCGCUGUGGGUCAGGACAGAGUC